ACAUGACUAUCACCAUUCAAAGCAAAAGAAAGCUAAAAUGGUGGCGAGAGUAACACUUGGUUUCGUUUCACUUUUGAUAUUAAUCUCAUUCGCUGGAGUUUACUGUUAUGAACCCAACUGGGAUUCCUUAGACACUAGGCCUAUUCCAUCUUGGUAUGACGAUGCGAAGCUUGGUAUAUUCAUUCACUGGGGCGUAUUCUCAGUUCCUAGUUUCUCAUCGGAGUGGUUUUGGUGGAACUGGAAAGGCCUGCCUACUCCAGCAGUGUUGGCAUUUAUGGCAGAAAAUUACCCACCAGACUUUACAUAUGGGGACUUCGCAAAAGAUUUUACUGCAGAAUUCUUCAAUGCAGCAGAAUGGGUGGAAAUGUUUGAAAGCUCUGGAGCCAAAUAUUUGGUGUUUGUGAGCAAGCAUCAUGAAGGUUUCACCAACUGGCCAUCGAAGUAUUCAUUCAACUGGAACUCUCUUGCUGUUGGACCAAAUAGAGAUAUUGUUGGUGAACUGAUGAAUGCGACUAGACAAACAUCAGAUCUUCACUUUGGCCUCUACCAUUCCCUGUUUGAGUGGUUUCAUCCCCUGUAUCUGGCAGACAAAGCGACAGGUUUCAAAACACAGGACUUUGUCAACCAAAAGACCCUGCCAGAGCUUUAUGAAAUUGUCAGCACAUACAAGCCGGACAUAGUUUGGUCUGAUGGUGAUUGGGAGGCACCAGAUACAUACUGGAAGGCAACAGAUUUCUUGGCUUGGCUUUACACAGAUAGCCCAGUGAAAGACACUGUAGUAGUCAAUGAUAGGUGGGGAAAAAAUAUUUCUUGUCACCAUGGCGAUGUGUACACAUGUGGAGAUAGGUUUAACCCAGGUGUACUGCAGAAACAUAAGUGGGUCAAUGCAAUGACAAUCGACAAACACUCAUGGGGUUACCGGCGAAAUGCUCGUCUAGAGGACUACCUCACCAUAGAAGAGUUACUCCAAACAUUCAUCAUUACUGUCAGCUGUGGAGGAAAUAUGCUAAUGAAUGUUGGGCCACCCAAGCAUGGUCAUAUUGACCCCAUUUAUGAAGAGCGACUGCGACAGUUGGGCUCAUGGAUGAAGGUCAAUGGCGAAGGAAUAUAUGGCUCUAGGCCAUGGACUUAUCAGAAUGAUACUCUUACUUCACAUGUUUGGUAUACAAAGAAGACAGAUGCGGGUAGAACUGACGUCUACGCCUUUGUCUUUUAUUGGCCUGAAAGCAACACUCUUUCUUUGGCUGGGCCAAAGACUACCGCGGCAAGCACCAUCUCCUUACUUGGUUACCCGGGUUAUUUCAGCUAUAGUACCAGGCAGCCUUCAGGUGUGGACAUUAUAGUCCCUGCCAUCCCCAUCAAUAAAAUGCCUUGUGAUUGGAUCUGGGUUUUUAAAAUCACUGCAGUCGCCAACUAGCAGGAGUUUUCAAUCCAAUCCUUUUUUGUCUUUACUUUUAAGAAAUAUUUAGGUGGCUAUGAUAAACUGAUGGCCAUAAAUAGAUCAGCAAUGUUUCUUGAUAUUCAAAAUAUUUUAUACUGUUUUUGCUCAAACAUUCCAGUUUUUUUAUCGCUUUAUUUCUAUGGCUUUUUGUUUGUGUAUUUAACCAAGAAUGUGUAGCUUCCUUUUAGUAGGGAUCUCACUGAGGGACUAGCAAGUGCCUCUAAAAUUCAGGAGGCUACUCCAAGCCCAAAAAAAGCUUAGAAGGCAAUGUAUCCAAGUACAGUGGCAUAGCUAGGAAUUUGAGGGCUCGUGGGGGCUUGACCUCUUUACAGGCCCCAGCAUUUUGACAUUCGACAUCGGGGGGGAAAGGGGAUUUUCGAAUUGGGACCCCUCUCCCCCCACCUUAUCUACACCACUGAUCCAGUAGAGUCCCCCAAAUAAUAUUAAAUAUAUAGAUAUUGUAUAUAUAUGACCUAAAAAUAUUGAACAUGUUUAAAAGCAUGCUCAUGUAUUACAAAGAAAUUAAAAAUCAAUAAAUUUUUUAAAACAAUUAGAUCCUUUUAAUUAGUGAUUACAUUCCCUUGAUGUAAUAUGCUAAACAUAUUUUUUUUAUACCAUGGCACUCUUCUUUUAUUUACACCAAAAGGUUUUAUCAACAAUCAUUUUUACUUAUCGCUUUGCAUUUUUUAUUGUACAUUUUACUAUUGUGAUAAUAGUUUUUCAUUGGUCAAUCAACUUUGUGACCUUCACCUUGAUGCCAUAAAUAGCUUCUACACUGUCAAUGUUUUAUGUAUGUAGAUUUUUUUUUAUACACAUUUUAUGUAUUGUGUAGAGUGCAAUGUGCCUUACUUAAUUAGCUAAACAGAGAAUCUGGAAAAUAUUAAAAUGUCUUUCUCUUCAUAUCAGCUGAAUCCAUUUAUCACUAAAUUUGGAGAGACUUAUGAACAGAGCACUUAAAAGUAGC